CGGCGGUCCGGGCCGUUGGGCUGCUCGAGGCGGGCCGGGAAGCCCGUCCGCGGCGUGCGGUGCGCUCCGCCCCGCGGCGGCGGCGGCCGCGGGGAGCAGUUCUGGUCAGGAGGCGCGGCGGAGCCUGGGCGGCGUCGCGUCCCGCCCGAGGGCGGCUCUGGCUGAGGGCGGAGGAGCCGGUGGAGCGUCCGGGGCAGCGGCUGAGGCGGGAAGGCGGGGGCGGGGGCCGCUGCCCCCGGAGGAGCCGGCCGAGAUGUUGGCGGAAAACCUGGUGGAGGAGUUUGAGAUGAAGGAGGACGAGCCGUGGUACGACCACCAGGACCUCCAGCAAGAUCUCCAACUUGCUGCUGAACUGGGGAAGACGUUACUGGAUCGGAACACAGAGUUGGAGGAUUCUCUUCAGCAGAUGUACACAACCAAUCAGGAGCAGUUACAGGAAAUUGAGUAUCUGACCAAGCAGGUGGAGCUUCUACGGCAGAUGAAUGAACAGCAUGCAAAGGUUUAUGAGCAAUUAGAUGUCACAGCAAGGGAACUGGAAGAAACAAAUCAAAAGCUAGUUGCUGACAGCAAGGCCUCACAGCAAAAGAUUCUGAGUCUGACCGAAACAAUCGAAUGCCUACAAAACAACAUUGAUCACCUCCAGAGCCAAGUGGAGGAGUUGAAGUCAUCUGGCCAAGGGAGAAGGAGCCAGGGGAAAUGUGACCAGAAAUCGGCACCCAGCUUCUCGUGUCUGAAAGAGCUGUACGACCUCCGCCAACACUUUGUGUAUGACCACGUGUUUGCCGAGAAGAUCACUUCCUUGCAAAGUCAGCAAAGCCCUGACGAAGAAGAAAAUGAGCAUUUGAAGAAAACCGUGACGAUGCUGCAGGCCCAGCUGAGCGUGGAGCGGCAGAAGCGGGCGGCCAUGGAGGAGGAGUACGGGCUCGUGCUCAAGGAGAACAGCGAGCUGGAACAGCAGCUGGGCGCCGCGGACGCCUACCGAGCGCGGGCCCUGGAGCUGGAGGCCGAGGUGGCCGAGAUGCGGCAGAUGCUGCAGUCGGAGCGUCCUUUCGUGAAUGGAGUCGAGAAGCUGGUGCCAGACUCUCUGUUCAUCCCUCUCAGAGAACACGGCCAGAGCCUGCUGGAGGAGAUGCUCCUGCCUGGGCCGGAGGCGCCCAGAAGGCCCCUCAAGCGCAGCAGCAGUGAGACGGUGCUCAGCAGCCUGGCGGGCGGGGACAUCGCGCGGGGCCAUGAGGAGACCUGCAUCCGGAGGGCCAGGGCCGUGAAGCAGAGGGGCAUCUCCCUUCUGCACGAGGUGGACACUCAGUACAGCGCCCUGAAGGUGAAGUACGACGAGCUGCUGAAGAAGUGCCAGCAGGAGGAGGACUCCCUGUCCCACAAGGCGGUGCAGACCUCCAGGGCUCUGGCCAGAGACCUGGCCGGGACCAACGCCCAGCCCGAGCCCGGCGCCAGCGGCUGGGAGCCGGCCUCUGCCACCCCAGAGCGCGGCAGUUCCCCCACCACCACGGCCCCUCCGGAGUACAAAGCGCUCUUUAAGCAGAUCUUUAGUUGCAUCAAGAAAACUAAGCAGGAAAUAGAUGAACAGAGAACAAAAUACCGAACUCUUUCCUCUCAUUCCUAAUUCAGCCUCCAGCUCUGCUACUAAUUUGUCCCCUUCCUUUGACCUCUCUCUCUCCCGACCCGACAAGUGUUGGAUACUGCUGUGACGUUGGCCUCGCCGCUUUCCUUAUUUAGCAGCUGGAACAGCAGCGGGGGAAGAAGGCGGCUGCCAGUGUCCACUCGACAGUCCGGUUCCAUUUACGCUCCUCAGGAAACCCCACGACACACUGGCCUCUGGCCGGCGCGCUGAUGAGGCUGUGAUUCCUUGAAAAGUCCCAGAACCAGUGGACAGAGAGCCAUGCUCCUAAGGGAAGCAGGCCUGGAGUUACUGCGGCAUAGAAGCUGGUGUGGGGUAUAUAGGGGCCAAACAAAACUAAGGCAACUCCUACUGCCUCCUUCUCAAAACUCAAAGUCAGAUGGCUGCCAAACCGAAGUAGCUUUCACAAACACUGUUGGAUACUGUGAACUCAUUAAGAAGAAUGUCCAGGAGAAAGCAGGGGCCUAAUCCAAAAUAAAUGGCAUUAACAAAUACUCCAAGCCUUGAGUUGUGUUACGUCUGCUACCAGUUGAGCUGUGACUGACAAGUAAUCAUAACGCAUCUAAAUCCAACUGAAACCAAACCAAACUGAAGGGCAAGCUCUGGUUUGACCAAAGCGCGCUUGUUCGCACAGGCCCUAGAGGGCCUCCUUCCCUCCAUUCAGAUGUUUUUACUCAAAGCUGUAGUGGGUAGCAUAGGCAAUUAUGUAAGUCAUUCUCAAAGUCAAACUAAGGAAGCAAGAGGAAACCCCUCACUCCUGUGUUGUCCAAGGUGGGGAAGCUGACUUGUGGCUAUAAGCCGCCCUUGCUCAGUUCCUGUGGUUCCUAGAAAUGUUUUUGACUUGCUGCAGAAAUUCCUGUCUGCUACUUUACUAAACAGUAUUGUCCUGUGGGAAUCCACUCCUCUUCUCACUUGUGUACUUUUAAUUUAAAACUAUUUAAAAGAACUGAAGUUCCAGUUAUUGUAUAUUAUUUUUCUAAAAACCAAAUAAAACUAUCUAUGAAAAU